AUGGAUCCGUUGGUAUUCCUGGCGCAAUACAUGCUGGAGUCCUGGCGAAAAGAACUGAAGCUCAGUGAAGGGGCGUCCAUGGCAACGCUUGAAGAGAUGGGUGUGAUGGAGCUGGUGGUUGUGGUCGAGGAAGAUCAGGCCGAGUGCUUCGGCGGGGAUGGAGUUCGUGUACAACCCGCAGGGAAUGUUCGUGUCCCUAUGAAUCAACAACGAUACAAUCCUUGGUUGCUCAACGUUUCAUGA